AGCGGAUGGCUACUACCGGCUCGGUGGCGUGUCUAGCAGUGUUCGAGAGGGUCAGCGGAUUGCUACUACCGGCGACUCAUGCUGUAUGUUCUAUAGUCGAGAACAAUGAAGACGGUUGUGGUGCUAGUUUGUUUGACCAUCCUAACAACAGAGAUAUGGACACGCCAAGUGCCUACUAUCUACGAUGUUCUGUCUCUUGUCUAUAAACUUUGUGCUAUAAACGAAUUACACCUGAAGGAAAAGGUUAAAUGUCUGGAGGAACGUUUGUCUAAAAAGGUAACGUCAGCUUUUCAGCGAUGCUUUACGGAAGACUUGACAGCGACCUCUAUUAAGAAAAACAAUCAAAUACGUCACGUGAAGAGAUUAGUGACCACACUCUGUUUCCAAUCGACUUUUGUUCCUCAAUGGCUGGAGAAAUAUGACAAGGCACCUUUACCUCUAACAACGGUUAUUAGCCUAACAGCGUUGGGACGAAUGGCAUGUGUGAUAAGAGAAAUUCAACGCCCUCUGCUAGUGUGGGAAUUGGCAUUUUCGAAAUGUUUACAUGAUGAGGACUCACAAAAAUUGCAAAAUUCCGGACCACAGCUGAUCCAAUGAAAAAUGUUCCUCUCUUUUCAACUAUUUCUUUUUUUUAGUAAAACACCAGUAGCAUAUGAAUAAAUAUAACGAUAAAAGUCAUAAGGUUUCGUUUUUAAAGAAUCGCCUCGAAAUUCUGGGCACGACGAUUUUCAGCUUAUUUUUCGUAAGCUCGUUAGAACAAUCACAUGAGCAUAAUUUUGUUCUCAAGUUUCAAAAUACAGUCACAUAUUUGAUGUACCUAUCGUGCAAGUUAUCGAAAUUUUAUCUUGCACUUUUUAUCUUUUUUUUUAAGAAUGUCUACUCAUACAACUGUUACAAGCUGACAGUAACUUUGGUGAAUAAUGAAAUUAAUUUGUACAUUACAACUGUGUAUGCAAAUAAACGUUCUUGUUCAAACUCA